UAAAUUAGUCUUCAACGCCAUGAACUCGAGAGUGGCCGCAAGCGUCUUGGCCUUUCUGGCCUUUAAUUGGGGCAUCAGGCAAGCUCUAGCUAAAAGUGAUUGGUGGGAAAGUGCUUCACUUUACCAAAUCUAUCCGAGAUCCUUUCAAGAUAGCAAUGAUGAUGGUGUGGGUGAUUUGAAGGGUAUUACAUCUAGAUUGGAAUAUUUAAAGGAAAUAGGUGUUACGGCCACUUGGUUGUCUCCGGUAUUUGAAUCUCCCAUGUCAGAUUUUGGUUAUGAUAUAUCAAAUUUUACACGUAUUGAUCCCAUUUUUGGCACUUUGGAAGAUUUUGAUGAAAUGAUUGCAAAGGCUAAACAAUUGGGCGUAAAAGUGUUAUUGGAUUUUGUACCCAAUCAUUCAUCCGAUGAAUGUGAAUGGUUUCAAAAGUCUAUAAGAAAAGAGGAGGGUUUUGAGGAUUUUUAUGUAUGGCAUGAUGGUAAAUUAGAUCCUCAGAAUUCUACACUAAGACAACCACCAAGUAAUUGGGUUUCAGUUUUUGGUGGUUCCAUGUGGACCUGGCAUGAUGAACGUCAGCAGUAUUAUCUACAUCAAUUUCAAGCUAAACAACCCGACUUCAACUUCUCGAAUCCUUUGGUAAGGCAACAUAUGUUGGGAGUUUUGGAAUAUUGGUUAGAUCGUGGUGUGGAUGGUUUCCGAAUUGAUGCUGUUCCCCAUAUAUUUGAGAAAAUUAAUGACGAUGGCUCUUAUCCCGAUGAACCGAUUAGUGGUUGGUCUUCCGAUCCCAAUAGUUAUGAAUAUCAUGAUCAUAUUUAUACCAAAGAUCAGUAUUCCACCAUAGAACUAUUAUAUGAAUGGCGAGCAUUUUUGGAGGAAUAUCAACAGAAAAAUGGUGGAGACACCAGGAUCUUGUUAGCCGAAGCUUACUCCUCGGUAGAAACUCUUAGUUUAUAUUUUGGCAAUGGCACUCAUCGUGGUACUCAAUUGCCCAUGAAUUUCCAAUUAAUGUAUUUGAAUGGCUUCUCCACUGCCAAAGAUGUGGAGAAUUCCUGCAACUAUUGGAUGGAUACCAUGUGGAAGACUCAUCAAACUGCCAAUUGGGUUAUAGGCAAUCAUGAUAAUAAUCGUGUAGCUGAACGUAUGGGUAGACAUAAAGUAGAUUUACUCAAUAUCAUAGUCCAUUCCCUUCCCGGUGCCCCUGUAACCUAUUAUGGUGAAGAAAUUGGCAUGUCUAAUGUUCCCACAGAAUGUACCGCCAUAUCAUGUGAUGAUCGUGAUCCCGAAAGAACACCCAUGCAAUGGAAUGCACAAGAAAAUGCUGGUUUCUCUCGGGGCUCUACGACCUGGUUACCCAUAGCUCAGGAUUACAAAAUUUAUAAUGUAGAACAAGAACGUCAAGUGGCCCGUAGCACGUUGCAAAUUUACAAGGGUUUGCAAAAGCUUAAGCAUAGCAAAGCUUUUAAAAAUGUUAAGGGUAAGAAUGGCUUCUCGUAUAAAGCUGUAAGCGAACAAGUUUUUCAAAUAAUCCGAGCUAAACCCGAUGAAGAAGAAUACAUGGUUUUGGUUAAUAUGGGUAACAAAUUGGAAUCUGUCGAAGGGUUGAGUUCGAAGACUUAUGAAUUUGUGUUAGUGAGUGCCCAUUCUACUCACAAUAAGGGCGAUAAAGUCAAUUUAAGUGGACGUAUUUAUUUGAUGCCCUACGAAGCCAUUGUAUUAUAUUGGUUUAAACGAUAAAGAUUGUAAAUUACUAAUCGAGUUGUAAUGUCUUGUCAUAAAUAUUUAUACAAAUGUUUUCAUAAUAAAACAUAUUACCCU